AUGUAUAUUAGAUACCUUAAUUUCUUGUUUGUCAUCAUCUCCCUUGGCAGAAUUACUCGGUGCUAUUUUGCUUAUAGGCUAUAGCACCCAAACUAUCAUUGAUUCAUUAGUGACACUUGACCCCUCACUACCAUUUCUUAAUUUUUCUUGUCAAUUGGUACCCUCCGCUAGUAUUUAACGUUAAAAUUGACAAUAAAAUAGAAAAAUAAAUUUCUUUCCCUCAUGAAUCUCCUCGGAAAGCCCCAGAUACUCCUCCACUGGCCCCACUACUCACAUGUAUUUAUGAAACAAAUUGGCAGCAUUUGCAGGAAAAGAAUAAUACUCCGAAAAAGGUUUCAAAUUGAUAAUAUCUUCCUUCAACAACAUGGCCACUUUUUCUUCGUUUAUGUUGACAGGAGAGACAUUAUCUAACCCCGCCUUCACGGCAGAAGCAGGAUACAGAGUUCCAGUCUAAAUCACAAUUAACGUUAGUCAAGCAUCCGGAGUCCAUUCAACAUCAUGGCCACUUUUUUCCAAUUGUUAUGUUUCGUAGAAAUCUCUUGUCAUAGAGAAAUAUCGGAACACGCGUGACUUAUAAAAUCCUCUUAACACACCCACUAUUAUCUCCACGCCUUCUUUUCUUACAAAACUCUUCUCCCACUCUGUCUCUCUCUCUUGCACAGUCGUGAUGCUAAUAAAAAUGCCCUCCAUUAUUCCCCUGCUCUUGGGUUUUCUGUUAGUGCAGUCAUGCAUGCUUCAGUUGGCCCGAUCUUCCUCCAACUUUACCGAUCAAUCAUCUCUCCUUGCCUUCAAUUCUAAAAUCACUUCCGGCCCAAACGCAACUGUGUUGGUCAGUAACUGGUCCACAGCUACAAAUUUCUGCAAUUGGAUUGGCGUCUCAUGUAGCCGACGCAGGCAAAGAGUGACUGCUUUGAACCUUUCCUACAUGGGCCUCCAAGGCACCAUUUCUCCUCAUAUUGGUAACCUCUCUUUCCUUGUUUAUCUUAAUCUUCGUAACAAUAGCUUCUUUGGUUUUCUGCCGCAUGAGAUCAGUCACCUACAUCGCUUGAGAGUACUCCAACUGUGAUCCAACCUAUUGGAAGGUAGUAUCCCUCCAACUUUGCAAAAUUGUCGAAAUAUUAGAGAAAUACGUCUUGGGAGUAACCAUCUUACUGGAGCAAUUCCAUCGUCCGUUGGCAAUAUGUCGUCGUUAGAAUUCUUGAACUUGCAAUACAACAGCUUCACUGGUCCAUUUCCUCAUGCCAUCUUUAACAUAUCCUCUCUAACCAUAGUUAGUCUUUCAAAAAAUCACAUAUCAGGAACUCUUCCAAUAAAUCUUUGCAGGUAUUGUCCUAAUCUUCAAGUGCUUUAUCUUUCGCACAAUGAAUUCAACAUGCGGCUCCCUUCACAAAUGAAUUAUUGUAGAGAGAUUGUAGAGUUAUCCCUAUCAGGCAAUAAAUUUGAUGGGAGCAUUCCAGAAAGCUAUGGGAGUUUAGAAAAGCUUGAAUACCUAGCCCUUGGAGGUAACAAUCUAACUGGUAAUAUACCUCCGACCGUAAGUAACUUGUCGAGGUUAUAUGAGUUUGGCAUUGAGAGUAACAACAUUGAAGGAAGAAUUCCCAGUGAUUUAUGGCGUCUUCCAAAUCUGUUGGUAUUGAAUUUUGAACAAAAUUAUCUGGUAGGGGAAAUCCCCCAAAGCCUUUUCAACAUUUCCUCUCUACAACAAAUCUCUUUGGCAAAUAAUUCUCUAUCUGGCAAUCUUCCAUUAGAUUUUGGGUUUUCUUGCCCUAAUCUUGAAAUUUUGCUUUUUGGUCAAAACAAAUUUAGUGGUCCUAUCCCAUCAUUUCUUUCAAAUUGUUCGAAGCUCAUUGAAAUAGAUAUUAACAGCAACUUGCUCUCCGGACCAAUACCCACAAGUCUUGGAAACUUAAAAUACCUCCAGGACCUGUUUCUGAAUAAGAAUCAGCUAACAGGAGAGCCUCAAGAGCGAGAACUUAGUUUCCUUUCUUCUUUAUCGAAUUGCAGAUUUUUGGACACACUAUCAAUAUCCUUUAAUCCAUUGGACAUUAGUCUUCCAGAUUCCAUUGGGAACUUUUCAACCUCCUUGAGAAAUAUUUAUGCAUUUGAAUCUCAAAUAAAGGGUCAUAUUCCUGUUGGAAUCGGUUCCUUGAAAGGCUUGACCACGCUUGUUUUGGGCAAUAACAAUUUGAUUGGAAACAUACCACCCACAAUUGGGGGAUUGGAAGGGUUACAAAGAUUAUACCUUUAUGGUAACAAAAUUGAAGGAUUCAUUCCAAAAGACAUGUGUCAGUUAAAGAACUUAGGUGAGUUAUAUCUCUCAAAUAACAAAAUCUCGGGAUCAAUCCCAAAUUGCAUUUCAAACCUCAAUCUUCUGCAAAAGCUAUUUCUGAGGUCUAAUAGGCUGGAAUCAUCAAUACCAUUAAAUUUAUGGAGCCUUGAGAAUCUAUUGAUUUUGGACCUAUCAUCGAAUUUUCUCACUGGAAAUUUGUCUCCAAACAUGAAAAAAAUGGAUGUCAUUGAACAAGUUGAUAUAUCUCAGAACCAAAUUACUGGAAAUAUUCCAAGCAUCAUUGGAGCGUUUGAAAGCCUAAGUUAUCUUGAUUUAUCAAGGAACUCAUUUCAAGGAGGCAUUCCACAAUCUUUUGGAGACUUGAAAGGAUUAGAUGUGUUAAACCUCUCAUAUAAUAAUCUCUCUGGUGUAAUUCCUAAGUCUCUUGAAGCACUUCCAUAUCUCAAGUAUUUGAAUGUGUCUUUCAACAAGCUAUAAG